GAUCAGCAUUGUGCAUUGUGCAUUGUGGUACAUGAAACUGAAAAUGACCCGAACCAAGGCGACUGCUCGUUUCUCGAACUUCGGUAAUGCGACGGCCGAAAGACCAGCUUACAGGGCCGCACGAAAAAGUGCUCCGGCCGACGCAAGAUCAUUUUGGGCGGCAAAUUUCAAAUCCCGGAUUACGGGCUCUCCGUCGGUGGAGACUUCUGCAAAGAAGUCCCCAAGCCCAAGCCCAGUGCCAGUUCCAGUUCCAGUCCCAGCAUCACACCCCCCAACCCGGGACAUGGUAGACGCAUCGAUUAAGAGCUUGAAUGAACGUGGUGGCUUUUCAUAUUUGGCGAUCAAGAAGUAUAUUGCGGCCGAAUACAAAUGCGAUGCCCAGAAGCUGACUCCAUUCAUCAGGAAGUAUUUGAAGUCGGCCGUUGCCGAUGGAAAGCUGAUCCAAACAUCGGGCACAGGGGCGUCUGGCUCGUUCAAGCUGUCAGCAUCUGUGGAGCGGAAGGAUAAAGAAGCCAAGAAAGAGAGAAAAGCCAAGAACACAGAAAGCCCCAAAAGGGCGGCCAGAGCCGCGACAAGAAGCCAAAUGCGAAAUGAAGCGAAAAUGUCAGACGCCGCCAAGAAGGCCGCCCGGCGCGGAUGAUGCAAAUUGAGAAAGGACAAAGGGCAAGGAGGAAGGAGGAAGGAGGAAGACCGAUGAAAACUGGAACCCUGAAGGCGAAGCCGUCAGUGGCAAAGGUCAAGUCGAGCCCUGCAAAGACAACGGCCCUAGCAAGGGCACUAGCUCUAAACGACGACGAUGGCCUAAACGAGAACGAGGA